AUGCUAAAGAAGGUACUGCUGUCUGGAUUCGCCGGCUUGGCUGUUCUCGCCGUGGGGAUCCUGAUCGGACACUUUGGCAUUGAGAAGGGCAGUUCGGCGCCCAGCUGGAUGAGUGAUCUGUCUCGAGAUGUCGACGAGAAGCUCAUCCAGGAGUUCAUCGCUGAGGUGGACAACGUGAAGAUCCAGGAGAACCUGAGGGAGCUGACGCGUGUCCCACACAUGGCCACCACAGCGGGGGACGAGGCCACUGUCCAGUACAUGCUGAAGAAUUGGCAGGACACGGACACCGGCCUGGACGCCAGCUGGAGGGAGGACUACAGGGUCUACCUGUCCUUUCCCAACAGAGAUAAGCCCAAUAACGUCUCCGUGGUGAGUGCUGCUGAUACUGUGGUGUACACUGUGCGGGAGAAGGAGAAGGCGUACCAGUCAGAGCAGGACGACCCUGAAGUGGUCCAGCCAUACGCGGCCUAUGGACCUGCCGGAGAAGUUAAGGGCAGACUGGUGUAUGCCAACCAGGGGAAAGCGAGCGAUUACGAGACUUUGAAUGCAACACUGAGCCUGACCGGAACGAUCGCCAUCGUCAGAUACGGAGGUGCCGGACGAGCUGAUAAAGCGAUCAAUGCUGCACCAUUUGGAGUCAUUGGUGUACUUGUCUAUACAGACCCCUAUGACAUCAAUGAUGGUCUGAUGUCGGACGAGAAUGAGACGUAUCCGCAUUCCUGGUACCUCCCUCCCUCUGGCGUGGAGAGAGGAAGUUACAAGAACCAUUUUGGAGACCCUCUAACCCCUUACCUCGCUGCCAAAAAUGGCACUUAUAGAAUUCCAGUGGAGAAUAUCACUGGUAUUCCACCCAUUCCAAUCCAGCCAAUAGGGUUUGAAGAUGCUCAGGCAUUAAUAUGCGAGCUGGGCGGAUCUGCAGCACCUGAGGACUGGCAGGGUUCUUUUCCCUGUUCGUACAACUUUGGGGGGCCGGGAUUCGCCAGCAGCUCUCCUUUUAACAACAGUGACGUGACGCUACAUCUGUACAACCGCGGUGAGCUGAGGGACUCCGCUAACGUGAUGGGGGUGAUCUGGGGCAGCGUGGAGCCAGACCGCUACGUGAUCUACGGGAACCACAGAGACAGCUGGGUGCAUGGAGCCAUAGACCCCAGCAGCGGGACGGCCGUCAUGCUGGAGAUCGCCAGGGUCUUGGGCCAAAAGGUGAAGGCAGGCAAAUGGAGGCCCCGGCGGACCAUAAUAUUUGGAAGCUGGGGAGCGGAGGAGUUCGGUCUGAUUGGAUCGGCGGAAUACGCGGAGGAAUACGUGAGCAAACUCAGUCAGCGGACCGUGGCCUACAUCAACGUGGACAUCUCCGUGUUUGCUAACGCUACUCUGAGGGCCUCUGGGUCUCCAACGGUCCAGAACGUUAUCUUUAAAGCAUCUCAACAGGUGAACAUACCCGGAUCGGACUCCGUGUCUGUGUAUGAUAACUGGAUUCGAUAUUCCAACAGAACAAGCGCCGCUUAUGGAAACAUCCCAAAUGUGGGACACAUGACGGGAGCAGGGAGUGACUAUGCUUCUUUCGUCCACUACCUGGGAAUAACCUCUUUGGACAUAUCUUACACCUACGAUCGGAGCACAACCAGGGCCCGCAUCUACCCUGCGUACCACACGGCAUAUGACACUUUCGACUACGCGUCCACGUACAUCGAUCCAGGAUUCACGAGCCACCAGACUGUAGCCAGGACAGCAGGAAACGUACUGAUUCGUCUGGCUGAUGGCCUCCUCCUGCCUUUCAACUGCAGCGACUACGCCGAGACUCUUGAGCAGUUCGUCAGCACGGCCGCGGAGGCGUUUGAAGCCCAGCUAGUGGCCAACGGCAUCUCCUUGGAACCCUUAAAAGCAGCAGUAAAGCGGUUCCGGACGGCGGCCACAAGCCUGGACCGCACCAUCCACAAUUCGGACCUCGCGAACGACACGCCCCUGAGAGCCCGCAUGAUUAACGACCAGCUCAUGCUGUUGGACCGGGCGUUCCUGGACCCACUGGCGUUCCCAAACAAAUAUGGAUACAGGCACGUGAUCUGGGCAUCCAGGUCGUCGAACGUGGCCACGUUCCCGGGCGUGGCUGACGCGGUGGAGAAGGCCCGUGCCAGCGGCCGGAAGGAGGACUGGGCCCAGGCGCACAAACACCUGUCCAUCGUCACGCAGGCCAUCUCUGGGGCUGCGCAUACCCUCGCCGAAGCCCAGCGCUGAGCCCGAACCCUGCCUGCGCCAUCAGAGACCCCGCCCCAUCCUGCCCGGGCCUGAGCCGAAGCCCUGCCCCCAGAUGACUUCAAGGCAUGUGGGGUGUGGAAGUUAUAUUUGCACCCU